AUGACCAUGCUAAAGCGGAAGGGAGAUAAGGCCAAGAAAAGACUUGUUUCGAUCACGACUUCGUCAGAUGAUUUGUUUGUUGACUCUGCGUCUGCUGCGGGCACAGCGGGAGCGUCUUCAGCGGCCGUGGGUAACGGCGGGCCGGGCGCGUUUGUGAAGGCGGCCGCGACACCCGGGGUGGUGGACUCGGACUCGGAAACGAGCUUCUCGGGAUUCACUGCGAUCUUUAACAGGCUAAAGAGCAGCCAUAACCAAGAGCGAAAAGCGGCGUCUUUUGAGCUGAAGAAUAGUCUCAUUUCGCUAGCCAGGGAGGUGUCUACUGAGCACUUUCAGCGGUUCAGCAACGAGCUGAACAACAAGAUCUUCGAGCUGAUCCACGGCUCGGACUCGAACGAGAAACUGGGAGGCGUGCUGGCGGUGAACACGCUGAUAGACUUUUAUGCACACACAGACGAACUACCCAACCAGACGUCGCGUCUGGCGAACUAUCUGCGCGUGCUGAUACCGUCGAAUGACAUCGAGGUUAUGCGCGCUGCGGCCGCCGCGCUUGGGAAGCUGGCCAUGCCGGGAGGAACGCUGACGUCUGACUUUGUUGAGUUCGAAGUAAAGACGUGCAUCGAAUGGCUCACCACUUCACCAGAAAACUCAUCCUCAAACUCGAAGCAGGAGUACAGGAAGCACGCUUCACUACUGAUAAUCACGGCUAUCGCCGACAACUCGCCAUAUCUGCUGUAUCCAUACUUGAAUUCUGUUCUCGACAAUAUAUGGCGCGCUUUACGGGACACCAAGUUGGUAAUACGAAUCGAUGCGGCAAUUACCUUGCGCCACUGUUUGUCUAUUAUCAACGACCGGGACUCCGUCCUAACGAACAGGUGGGUGCAGCGAUUGUUUAAAAGCUGCGCCUACGGGCUUAACCUUGGGACGCUAGAGGCAGUCCAUGGGACGCUUUUGGUCUAUCGGGAGCUGAUGUCACUGAAGGGGCCAUAUCUGUAUGAAAAAUUCAAUGAAAUCUACGAGACCACUAUGAGAUACAAAGAUCAUAAAUCACCUGUGAUACGAAAAGAAAUAUACGCGAUAUUGCCGCUGCUUGCAUCCUUUGAUUCUGAUUUGUUUACGGAGGAAUACCUUGACGACACCAUGGUACACUAUCUGACAUUGUUGAAGAACGUGCACUCUGGGGUUGCUAAUAGUCCUGACAGAGCGGCUAUCCUUGUAUCGAUUGGUGAUAUUGCUUUCCAAGUGCGUUCUAAUAUAGCGGCCUACUUGGACUCAAUUCUGGACAAUAUCAGGGAUGGAUUUCUCACCAAGCAUAAGAGUCGCAAGCAUUUUGAGAGCGAAUUGUUCUACUGUAUUGCCAAACUGGCAUGCGCCGUUGGUCCUAUUCUCUCGAAAUAUCUGCAUAGUGACUUGUUAGAUUUGAUGCUGGCCUGUCCAUUGAGCGAUUAUAUGCAGGAUACUCUCGAAACAUUAAACCAGGAACUACCCGCACUGGAGCCACUGGUCAAUGAGAAGCUAUUGGAUCUAAUAUGUUAUAAUCUUUCUGGUGAUAAAUUUCGGCCGCCUGGCUCGCCAACACCCAUUAAGCAUUUUUCUAAUGAGAAAGCGAGGGCAUACCGAGAUCAAUCAUGGCUACGGAAAACAGGUGAUAUAAACGAUAGCAACCAGGAUGCACUUAUCCUCACCCAAGCUUUGCGGAUGCUCGCGACCAUCAAUCACAAAUACUCACUAGCUGAAUUUGUUAGGCUAGUUGUUAUCUCAUAUAUUGAACACGAAAACCCUCAAGUGAGGAAACUGGCCGCCCUAACCUCCUGUGAUUUAUUUGUAAAGGAAAAUGUUUGCCAGCAAACAUCUCUACAUGCCUUAAAUGCGGUUGCUGAGGUUUUGAGUAAACUGCUGACUGUCGCGAUAACAGACCCGGUGGCAGAAAUCAGGCAUGAGAUUCUAAAGCAUUUAGACAGCAGUUUCGAUCCGCAGUUAUCCCAACCAGAUAAUGCUCGGUUAUUGUUCAUGGCCCUCAAUGAUGAAGUUUUUAUCAUACAGAUGCAAGCUAUGAAAAUUGUUGGUAGACUUGCAUCAGUUAAUCCUGCGUAUAUUGUCCCUUCACUCCGAAAAACUCUUAUCCAGCUACUUACAGAGCUAAAGCACUCAAGCAUGACACGCAAGAAAGAAGAAAGUGCAUCAAUGUUCUGUACUCUAAUCAGUUCGAGUAAAGAUGUGACGCGACCUUAUAUUGAGUCUAUUUUGGAUGUUCUCCUGCCAAAAUGCCAGGAUAGUUCCUCUGCAGUGGCCUCCACCGCACUACAAGCUGUUGGGGAACUCUCUGUUGUUGGUGGCGAAAACAUGAAAGAUUAUUUAGAUAAACUAAUGCCGCUGAUUAUUAACACUUUCCAGGACCAGUCAAACUCUUUUAAGCGAAGCGCAGCUCUGAAAACUCUGGGCCAACUAUCCGCAUCCUCAGGAUACGUUAUCGAUCCUUUACUUGACUAUCCUCAAUUACUUGGUGUUCUCGUGAAUAUUUUAAAAGCGGAGAGUUCCCAAAGCAUAAGGAGGGAAACAGUUAGACUAAUAGGGAUUCUGGGAGCUCUGGACCCUUAUAAACAUAGAGAAGUUGAAAGAACAUCCAGCACGCCUAUAUCCGUCGAACAAAAUGCCCCAUCCAUAGAUGUUGCUUUGUUAAUGCAAGGUAUGUCACCCUCCAAUGAAGAAUAUUAUCCAACCGUCGUGAUCAAUACUCUAAUGAAAAUUUUGAAGGAUCCUUCUUUAUCUUCUCAUCACACUGCUGUCAUACAGGCAGUGAUGCACAUCUUCCAAACAUUGGGACUCCGCUGCGUCUCCUUCCUAAAGCAAAUUAUUCCAGGAAUGAUUAAUGUGAUGCGUAGCUGUCCUCCAUCAAUACUUGAGUUUUAUUUUCAACAAUUAGGUGUUAUGGUAUCAAUUGUGAAGCAACAUAUCAGGCCAUAUGUUGACGAAAUAUUUGAAGUCAUUAAAGAGUUCUUCCCAUUUAUUAAACUGCAAAUUACAAUCAUUUCUGUUAUCGAAUCUAUUUCUAAAUCUUUGGAAGGAGAGUUUAAGCCAUAUCUGCCCACCACUCUGACACUCUUCUUGGAUGUUCUGGAGAAAGAUAAUUCAAAUAAAAAAAUAAUUUCCAUACGGAUCCUCAAAUCAUUGGUGGUUUUUGGGCCAAACUUAGAUGACUAUAUCCAUCUAGUCAUCCCGUCAAUUGUCAGAAUGUGUGAAUAUGGCAGUGGAAAUCUAAACAGAGCAGCAAUCGUUACCAUUGGAAGACUGGCUAAGAGUGUGAACCUCUCUGAGAUGUCCUCAAGAAUUGUGCAAACCAUGAUUCGCGUGCUAAAUGUAUCCGAUCAGCAAAUUAUCAGAGCAGUAAUGAAUACUCUAAGUUUGCUUCUCCUGCAGCUAAGCACUGAUUUCACUGUUUUUAUUCCUAUUAUUAACAAGACCCUUGUUAAAGCGCAUAUUCAGCACAGCAUAUAUGACCAGCUGGUUGGUAAACUGAUGAACAACGAACCUUUACCUACCAAAGUGGUUGUUGACAAGGACUUUGAAGUCCCAAGUCGGGAAGUGUCAGAUACGGAGGUCCCGUCAAGGAAGCUCCCUGUGAACCAAGCCGUGCUCAAAAGUGCAUGGGAUUGUAGCCAGCAAAGAACAAAAGAAGACUGGCAAGAAUGGAUGCGCAGGUUGUCUAUACAGCUAUUGAAGGAAUCACCAUCUCAUGCUCUUCGCGCAUGUUCCGGCUUAGCGGGCAUUUACUAUCCUUUGGCACGUGAACUUUUUAACGCCUCUUUUGCAAGUUGUUGGACUGAGCUUUACACGCAGUAUCAGGAGGAUCUUGUCAAGUCCCUGUGCUCUGCGCUUUCAUCGCCAAAUAAUCCACCAGAGAUACAUCAGACGCUUUUGAAUCUCGUUGAAUUUUUGGAACAUGAUGAUAAAUCGCUUCCAAUUUCAAUUCCUACGUUGGGUGAAUAUGCUCAGAGAUGUCAUGCCUAUGCAAAAGCAUUACACUAUAAAGAGUUAGAGUUCAUUCAAGAACCGAGCACGUCCACUAUUGAAUCACUAAUAAGUAUCAAUAAUCAACUCCACCAAACAGACGCUGCUAUUGGAAUCUUAAAGCACGCGCAACAGCAUCAUGACUUGCAAUUGAAAGAGACAUGGUAUGAAAAGUUACAGAGAUGGGAUGACGCUUUGAACGCGUAUAAUCAGCGGGAAGCUGCUGGUGAGGAUACCAUAGAAGUAACGAUGGGUAAAAUGAGGUCGUUACAUGCUCUUGGAGAGUGGGAACAGUUAUCUCAGCUAGGCGCAGAAAAAUGGGCCAAUGCAAAGUUAGACAUAAAGCGUAUAAUUGCUCCUCUCGCUGCUGCUGCUGAAUGGGGACUAGGGCAUUGGGAUUCUAUUGAGAAAUAUAUCAAUGUGAUGAAGCCACAAUCGCCUGAUAAAGAGUUCUUUGAUGCAAUACUUUGUCUUCACAGCAACGAUUUUGAAAAAGCAUCUGAGCACAUAUUCCUUGCCAGAGAUUUACUAGUGACGGAAAUGUCUGCACUGGUUAAUGAAAGUUAUAAUAGGGCAUAUAGCGUCGUCGUGCGGUCACAGAUGAUAGCAGAGUUGGAAGAGAUCAUUCAAUAUAAGAAAUUGCCCCAAAAUUCUGAGAAGCGUGCAAUUAUGAGAAAAACUUGGAACCACAGACUUCUAGGAUGUCAAAAGAACGUUGACGUAUGGCAGCGCAUACUUAGAGUCAGGUCUCUGGUUGUGAAGCCAAAGCAGGAUAUGCAGGUGUGGAUUAAAUUUGCGAACUUAUGUCGUAAAUCUGGAAGGAUGGGGCUGGCCCAAAAAGCAUUGAAUUCGUUGCUAGAGGAAGGUGGCGACCCUGAACAUCCAAACACUGCAAGAGCUCCGCCACCUGUUGUUUAUGCUCAACUGAAAUAUAUGUGGGCAACUGGCUCUCGAAAGGAUGCUCUGCGCCAUCUCAUUAGCUUCACAUCGAGGAUGGCACAUGAUUUGGGCCUGGAUCCAAGUAAUAUGAUUGCGCAAAAUGUUCCUCACAACAGUGUUGUUCCUGCAUGCCACAUUGAAGAGUACACCAAAUUACUGGCGCGCUGUUUCUUAAAGCAGGGAGAAUGGAGAGUUAUGCUGCAACCUAAAUGGAGGACUGAUACCCCUGAUGCCAUUCUCGGUUCCUACCUAUUGGCCACUCAUUUUGAUAAUACUUGGUAUAAGGCUUGGCAUAAUUGGGCGUUGGCAAACUUUGAGGUCAUAUCGUUGAUGACAGAUAGUGUCCGUGAUGAGCAUCGCGCAUUAUCGAAUGAAACGGAAUCCGUGGGCCAGACUGAUGGCACCGCCCAGCAUAAUAGUAUUGACGUUGACGCUGUAAAUUGCAAUGGUUCGGAAUGUCAUCCAGAUCUUGUUCAGAGGCACGUUGUUCCCGCAAUUAAGGGCUUCUUCCAUUCGAUAUCUCUGUCGGAAUCUAACUCUCUGCAGGAUACUUUACGCUUGCUGACAUUAUGGUUUACUUUUGGUGGGAUUCCAGAAGCCGCUCAGGCCAUGCAUGAAGGUUUUAAUUUAAUUAAAAUUGACAACUGGCUAGAAGUGAUACCGCAGUUGAUAUCCCGAAUUCACCAGCCUAACCAAACCGUGAGUAGAUCAUUAUUAUCUCUCUUAUCUGACCUCGGCAAGGCUCAUCCUCAGGCUCUCGUCUUCCCUCUAACAGUUGCUAUAAAAUCUGAAUCUGUAUCUAGGCAGAGAGCUGCUUUGUCUAUUAUGGAGAAGAUGCGUAUGCAUAGUUCUAAUCUGGUUGAACAGGCAGAACUGGUUAGCAAUGAGCUCAUUCGUAUUGCUGUGCUGUGGCAUGAGCUAUGGUAUGAAGGUCUGGAGGACGCGAGUAGACAGUUUUUCGGAGAGCAUAAUACGGAAAAGAUGUUCGCUACUUUGGAACCACUGCAUGAAAUGUUGAAGAGGGGACCUGAGACUCUACGGGAGAUAUCAUUCCAGAAUUCAUUUGGUAGAGACCUGAAUGACGCAUAUGAAUGGGUCAUGAACUAUAAGAGGACACAGGAUAUCAGUAAUUUGGAUCAGGCCUGGGACAUAUAUUACAAUGUUUUCCGGCGCAUUAGCAGACAACUCCCCCAGCUACAAACUUUGGAUUUGCAGCAUGUAUCACCGAAGCUAUUGGCAGCGAACGACUUGGAACUGGCUGUCCCGGGUACCUACAGUACAGGAAAACCAGUUGUUCGUAUCUCGUACUUUGAACCUGUCUUUUCAGUCAUUUCCUCGAAGCAGCGCCCACGCCGUCUGUCCAUAAAGGGUAGUGAUGGUAAGGAUUACCAGUACGCAUUGAAGGGUCAUGAAGAUAUUAGACAAGAUAGUCUCGUGAUGCAACUAUUCGGUUUGGUAAACACUCUACUUCAAAAUGAUUCUGAAUGUUUCCGUAGACAUUUAGAUAUCCAAAAGUAUCCCGCUAUCCCAUUGUCUCCAAAAUCUGGUUUACUUGGAUGGGUUCCGAAUAGUGAUACCUUCCACGUUCUCAUCAGGGGAUACCGCGAAUCGAGGAAAAUUCAGCUGAACCUAGAGCACAGGAUUAUGUUGCAGAUGGCACCCGACUAUGAUAAUUUGACAUUACUACAGAAAGUAGAGGUCUUUACUUAUGCCUUGGACAAUACGAAAGGACAAGACCUAUAUAAGGUUCUCUGGUUGAAGAGUCGGUCUUCUGAGUCAUGGCUGGAGAGAAGAACCACUUACACCCGUUCCUUGGCCGUGAUGUCCAUGGUCGGCUAUAUACUGGGGCUCGGAGACCGUCACCCAAGCAAUCUGAUGCUGGACCGCAUUACUGGCAAGGUGGUACACAUCGAUUUCGGUGACUGUUUCGAAGCUGCAAUUCUCAGGGAAAAAUACCCAGAGAAGGUCCCAUUCCGGCUAACAAGAAUGCUCACAUACGCUAUGGAGGUCAGUGGUAUCGAAGGAAGCUUCCGCAUCACCUGCGAAAAUGUCAUGAAGGUCCUGCGAGACAACAAAGAAUCGCUUAUGGCUAUUCUCGAAGCCUUUGCCCACGAUCCACUCAUCAACUGGGGCUUCGACCUGCCUACGCAGGCUAUCACUGAACAGACUGGCAUACAGUUGCCCGUAACAAACCCCAGCGAGCUCCUACGCAAUGGCGUCAUUACUGCGGAGGAGGCCGCCCGGAUGGAGGUCCAGCAGCGUGCGGAAAUCAGAAACGCCAGAGCUACACUUGUUCUCAAGCGCAUUACGGACAAGCUGACUGGUAACGACUUCCGCGGGUUCCGUGACCUGGACGUGCCGGAGCAGGUUGACAAGCUAAUUCAGCAAGCCACCUCUGUCGAGAACUUGUGCCAGCAUUAUAUCGGCUGGUGCUCCUUCUGGUGA